UUCGGGGUCAAAUUUCUCAGCUCGGGGCGGAACUAACAGCGAAUCCAACAGCAAGCAGAGAUCCGCUAUAAGGAUACACAACAGUCUCUACAAUAUUCAUCUAUUUACAAGUGUCUUCUCUGUACACUUCAUUUAAUACAGGAUAAGCAAAUAUGGCGGAAGAAAGUGAGAUGGUGGGAUUUGUGGCUGGUGACCUUAAACCAGAGGGUGAAACAGGAAAUCUAGUGGAGCUGAACUUUCAGAAAAACCCCAGUCAAGCCAAGAAGUACCUGGAAGCAGAACCAAAAGCCUUAGGGGUAACACAGAUUAUGCUGAGUCUCUUUUUCUUGUGUGCCAUAUAUUUGAAUUGGAAUUUUCAUUACUUCUACACUCCAGCCAUCAUCAGUGCUAGCUUUUCUUCACCUAGCAUAAUAGCUGGUAGUGUGGCGAUAGCGGCACAGAAUCUUCACCUUCCUACACUGAAGGCCUGCUUGGGGAUGCAGGUUGUGGCAUGUGUGUUUUCAGUGUUCUGCUUUCUCAUCUCUUGGGGGCUAAUGUUAGAUAAUUCCAUGGCUCAUUUUUGUUAUGAGGAGUACCACAACGGCACAAGGUGUGAAAGACUGUUGUCUAUCUAUGAGCAUAUCUCAGGAAUAGAGAUGCUUGUGCAGGCGACUCAGAUUGCUCUCUCUGCCACCUUGGCUGCCUUCUGCUGCAAAGUAAUUCAGUGCUGCUCACCAAAGAACAAUGUGCCUGUUAUUGUGGUGAACACACCCCCGGGUCCACAGUGAAGGCAGAGUCACAACCCAUUUAACUACAGCUUUGUUUUUACACACAUACAUUAUAAAUGUACUUAAAUGUACUAAUAUUUACGUAUGGUUACAUGUAGACAGCCUAAUAUACACAGAGCACCCUGAGUUAGAAUGAUAGAAUAUGUUAAAAUAGGCUCAUUCGUGCUUAAUUUGUAUAAUUUCUCCAUUUUCAAAACCAGAUAUAAACUAUGGUUAUAAAUAUACAGAUUUGCUUGAGUAAGAUUACCAUGUCUUGAGCAUUGGGUGUGGGGAAUAGGGGACGUCCACUAAUGUAAUGUUGGCUGCUUUAUUACUAACUGAUGUAUACCCCAUUGUAAACCAGACAAAUUCUAUUAUUUGGACAAAUUCUAUUAUUUCUAUUAUUAUUAUUGUUCUGAGAUUACAUAUUUGUAAAUGUAAGUAUUAAGCAUUGGUGUAUGAUUUGAUAAAUGUUUAAUAAUUAUUCAAUGGGUUCAAAAUUUACUUGGUCUCUCACACACUCAUAAUCAUACUCAUACUCGUACUCGUAAUUAUACUCAUAUACUCAAUACUCAUACUCUUACUCGUAAUUGUAAUAUGUGAAUGUGUAUGCCAGAAGAAAAUCAGGGAUUUGUUUUUCUUACUGCAGGAAGGUGAAGAUUCAGAGCUGUUAUAGCAACACUACCAGCUAUUAUGUUCUGCAGUAUGAAAAACGUACUGCUGAAGAAAAUAUGACGACUGAGGUUUGGGAAUAAUUUCUCCAAUUUAUACCUCUGGCACACAAAAUAAAUAUGUACUACCUGUUAACAACA